AUAUUGGAGACUUGCCAGGAGAGAGACGCUAGUAUUAAUUGUAUUAUAAACUGUUGAUUUUACGUAAUACCAGUUGUACCUUCUUGGAACAGGGUCAAGUAACAGAGGUGUGAUAAUUUAUUGCAUAUACAGAAGUGACUCAUACGUGCUCAGGGAAAGGUAUAAAAUACUGAAGAGACCCAGGUAAAACAAAACGUGACAUAAAAAGACAUAAAGAUGUUAGCACUUCUGUUCCUACUGAUCUCAUUCUGCAGCCUUCAGAUCAGCAGAACAGAAAAAGCAGGAGUCUGCCCCCCUCCCCGAUAUUAUAUACCCAAUGACUUAAGUGACGGAGAUACGUGGUGUAAGACUGAUGAGAACUGCGAAGGUGAUAAGAAAUGCUGUGAGCAUGCCAAAGGGUUAAUCUGCAAGACACCAGCAGCAGACAGACCUGGGCAGUGUCCAGAGUGUUCAAAAAGUGGAACCCAGUGUCCUGAUAGCUGCACAUCUGAUAGCGAGUGCGCUCAAGGCUUGAAGUGCUGCUUCAAUGAAUGUGGACUGACAUGUGUGCCGCCACCUGGAGAAACUCCUGGAUUUUGCCCAGCUCCUACCAGUCCCUUCAUUGGCAUCUGUUUUAUGCCUUGUGAGUCUUGUCCCGAGGGACAGAAGUGUUGUCCUUACAAUUGCAGGGAUGAAUGUGUAACUACUGUUACUGAAAAGGAAGGAACGUGCCCAGACGCUAUAGUCUGCAUAAGAGGGAGUUAUACAACAUGUGAUGGUGAUGCAUCAUGUCCUGAAGGAGAAAAAUGCUGCUCAUAUAAAUGCGGAAGGGCAUGUGUUUCUGCAGUAUAAGCUGGCUCUCAAGAAGACACAAGGCUGUAAGACUCUUGCAAGAGUUACCUGAUCAUGAAAUAGAAAGAUGUUUGCUGAGCAGAGCUGGAAUAUAGCAAUGUUUAGACUGUAAGCUUUUGUUAGAAAAAUAAACAACAUAUGGAAUAGUGGUGUGAUUGUUAUUCUUCAAUGUUUUCAGUGAAAUAAAUACAAACCAGAAUAUACCAAGAUGUUAUUAUCAACUAAUUCAGUUGAAGAUUGAAGUUGUUUUUUUGUUUUUUUUUCUUUUUUUUUUCUUUUAAAAGAGGGCAUUUUAAAUGUGUGAGUAGAUUAAAAAUGCUCCUGUCCUAAAAAAAAAUGUUUUCAGGCUCGCAGAGAUAUGUCCCUCUCCACCAAUCAGGCUGUGGGAAUUUCCCUACACUUCAGUUAGCAAUACAGGUGCAAAUCCUAAAACCAAAAUUCCAAAAUCCAGAAUUAUUUCAAAGUCCAGACUUUUUCAUUAAUGUUUGUUUAAAAAUAAAAUUAUUAAAAAUUAAAAAUGUU